GAAAAAACAGUCUUGCCUAGCCAGCUGCUUUCUCCGAUUCUUCUUCUUCUUCUGCUCCUAAACCCCACCACCCCUGUUACCAACCCAAUUUCUUCAAAUUUUGAUUUUUCUUGUCUCUUGCAGUUUGGGGAUUAAGACCAAUUUUUCAGCAUUUUUUGUUUGGGGGCUUUUUUUGGAGUACAUGGGGAAACGGAAAUCAAGGGGUCUCUCCCUUUAUGUGGGUCGGAUCUUGUACUUAUAGAACUGUCACAUAUCUGAUCGUCUCUGGUAAACAAGCAAGAAACUUCGUGAUCUGUUUCUGUAUCUUUAAACUUGAUCUACUGUCCCUUUGCCUACUUAGCUGCUCCGUCCUUUUCCUUCACAACACUAGGGACAUGAUCAUCGCGUAACACGUUGAAAAUUCAAGGUAACUGUUAGACUUUUAGUUUUCUGGGUAUAUGUACUUUGGAUGAGAUAUUUCAGAUCAAGCUUUCAUGGAGGAGAGGAAGUUCGUGUGCAAGUAUUGCAACAAGAAGUACCCAUGUGGAAAGUCUCUGGGUGGACACAUCAAGAUUCAUAUGACUACUGAACAUUAUUCAUCGCCUCAAUCCAAGGAAGGUAAAACCAAUGCCGAUGAUAGUGUCGUCGAGUUCGAUGGUGGAAGGAAGAGGAAGAGAGAUUCUGGGUCUGAAGAAGCUGCCUCCGGAAACCCCAUUUAUGGUCUUCGAGAGAAUCCCAAGAAAACAACGAGGUUCGUACAUUCCAGCUCUGUUGCACAACAAGAGAGAUUCUGCAAUGAAUGUGGGAAAGGCUUUCUGUCUCUGAAAGCUCUCUGCGGCCACAUGGCUUGUCAUUCAGAGAAAGAUAAGGGGAUGACGAACAAGUUUGAGAACAAUUCUGGGUUUAGCAUGAAGCAGAAAUUGGCAAUUGAUAGCCAAUCGGACAAUGAGACAUCUGCUCCGAAUCAUCCUAGGAGAUCCAGAAGAAUGAGGUUCAAGAACCCGAAUACUGACAAAAACGAUCACCGUUCUUUUGUUUCUUUGGCGAAUGGUUCUUCCUCUGUGUCUGAGGUGGAGCAGGAACAAGAAGAGGUCGCUAGGUGUUUGAUGUUAUUGUCCAGAGACUCUAGCCAUAAGGGUCGUUUUCUUUUGCCCACUGAGUCUUCGGACAACAAUUCUGUUGUGGUAGAGGCAAAAUCACCGUCUGUGGACACUAUCAUUACUUUCAACAAUGGUAAAAAGAGCUCUGUGUCUAAUGGUUUUGAGAUCGUGAAGGAGAAGAAGAAAGUGGAGCAGUAUAAUAGCAUGCAGUUGAAGUCUGCUGAGAUUGUCGAUUCUGAUAAUUCAGAUUCUGGGUAUUUUAGGAAUGGUCACAAAAAGUUGGAUUCUUCAAUGUAUGGGUAUCCUAGGAAUGGGGACUUAAAGACAUCAAAAGUGGAAGCCAGGUCUAGUUGUGAGUUUGAUCAGAACUAUGACGCUGAAUUGAGGCAGAAGAUGCUAAUCAACAACAGAGGAAGAACCAGAUGCACUGAACCCAGAAAGCUAACUUUGGAGGAUUUGGACUACAAUACAAAAGAUGGAGCGGCAAGGGAAGAGCUCAUCAAUUGGAGAAGGAGACCAAGAUAUGGUUCUCUUCGCCAACAAAAUUCAGUUGGUGUUUCUUGCAAAAGGACACCAAAUGGUUUUCACAAUGAGGAGUCACUGGAGACAGAGAGCUUAAACAGGGAAAAAAUGACCAAGGACUGUCAAGAUUCAUCUGGCGAGAGUGAUGAAAGCAGCACAGACACUGAUGCUUAUACUGCUCCGAGACCUCAUAACAGCAAGGUUAUCAAUGGAAAGAAGGCCAGCAAGUCCAGGAAGAAAUUGAAGUUGAAGAAAAGUAGGGACCAUGAAUGCCCAAUCUGCUACAAAAAUUUUAAGUCAGGCCAAGCAUUAGGAGGUCACAAAAGGUCUCAUUUUGUGGGAGGCUCUGAAGAUAACACACUGGUGAUCGGACAAGGCCUUCCUGUGGUUCCAUGCCUGAUUGAUCUCAACCUACCUGCUCCUGUUGAUGAUUAGGUGAAAUUAGCAUCUGGGUUCUACGUCUUUCUUUUUAGAGCAUCUUCUAGUUUGGUAGCUGGAAAUGUCUGGAAAUCUGAGAAUGUUUUUGUCAUUAUCCCAUAUGAUGGAAGCAUUGGAAAUGUACAGACAAAUGGGUAAAUCCUUUUUCUUUUUGGUUUGAAAUCUCGAGGCCUUGUCCAUUAUUUGGUAAGUGGUAGCUGUUUCUUUGAUGUUAAUGGGACAUGAUAAGUUGUUAGUUGGAAUUUUUGUUUCUUGUCAAGGGAUUCAAUUCCUUUUCUGCAAAUUCUUAAUUCCACCGCUCUUCUCAAUUAAUUUAA